GCGGGAAGGGGCGGAGAGCGCGCUCCUGCGGAGGCGGCUGUGCUCAUCCCGGCGGCCCAGCGCUCCAGUGCUCGCCGGGCUUCGCAGAUGGCUUGCCCCGCUCUCGGUCUGGAAGCCCUUCAGCCCCUGCAGCCUGAACCACCUCCGGAGCCUGCCUUCGCCGAGGCACAGAAGUGGAUCGAGCAAGUCACUGGCCGAAGUUUUGGUGAUAAAGACUUCCGGACAGGGCUAGAAAAUGGGAUCCUUCUUUGCGAGUUGCUGAAUGCUAUAAAGCCAGGACUUGUUAAAAAGGUCAAUAGAUUGCCUACCCCCAUUGCAGGAUUGGACAAUACCAUCUUAUUCUUGAGGGGCUGUAAAGAGCUUGGCCUUAAAGAAUCUCAACUCUUUGACCCAAGUGACCUCCAGGAUACGUCCAGCAGGGUCACUGUCAAGAACCUUGAUUAUAGCCGGAAGCUAAAAAAUGUGUUGGUGACCAUUUAUUGGCUGGGGAAAGUUGCAAACAGCUGUGCAUCCUACAGUGGAACCCCCCUGAACCUGAAGGAGUUUGAAGGACUGUUGGCCCAGAUGCGAAAGGAGACUGAUGACAUUGAGAGUCCUAAGCGCAGUAUCCGGGACAGUGGCUAUAUUGACUGCUGGGACUCUGAACGCAGCGACUCCCUCUCUCCUCCUCGCCACGGCCGAGAUGACUCCUUUGACAGCCUGGAUUCUUUUGGCUCCCGCUCCCGGCAGACACCUUCACCAGAUGUAGUUCUCAGGGGAAGCAGUGAUGGAAGAGGAAGCGACUCUGAAUCCGACUUGCCGCACCGGAAGUUGCCGGAUGUGAAGAAAGAUGAUAUGUCUGCACGACGGACCUCCCAUGGCGAGCCGAAGUCUGCAGUGCCUUUUAACCAGUACCUCCCGAACAAAAGCAACCAGACCGCCUAUGUCCCGGCACCUCUGAGAAAGAAGAAGGUGGAGCGGGAGGAGUACAGGAAGAGCUGGAGCACCGCCACCUCCCCGCUGGGCGGGGAAAGGCCCUUCAGUUAUCCUGAAACAAUAGAGGAGGAGGAGGGGAGUGAAGCAGGGUCUCCUGGUGAAGAUGACCCCAGCAGCCAGACGGGCCCGGAUGGGUGGCCUCACGGUGGGUUAGAACCUCCUCCCAGCCAUGGUGAGGAGCAGUCUCCUGAGGAUGUUGCUGCGGUACCGAUUGCCGUUCCUGAAGACAGAGAUGCCGUGGAAAGCCAAAAGCGCCGAAAGCUGGAGCAAGCUGGGAUCAAGGUCAUGCCCGCGGCACAGCGCUUUGCCAGUCAAAAGCAAUCGAGUGACGAGAAUGAAGCUACUCGUGAUAUCAUCCUUCGGAAGGAAAACCCUUUCCUGACCCAACAUGGCAGAGACUCAGAGUCAGAAGACGAAGUCGCAUGUCGACUGCCUGACCUUGAGAAAGACGACUUUGCUGCAAGGAGGGCAAGGAUGAACCAGAGCAAGCCACUGGUGCCCCUUAAUCAGCUCCUGUAUGGACCUUACCAAAAAAAAGAUGGAGAGAAGGCAGGUGGCAGCAAACGGGUCUCAAAGGGACCGUCAGUCAAGAAAAAUCUGAAGUGUAAAAGAGACCAGGACCAACCUGAAGAGGGGAACACAGUAGUGGCCUGUGUCAUGAGAACUCAGGAGACUGAACCGAUGGAAACGAAUUUCAGGAGAGCACCGGAUCUUCAGAAGGACGACCUGGCCCAGAGGAGAAUCCGGGGCAGACAGACCCCUCACCAUGAGGCUCCAAGCUUCAUUAAACUCUCCAGUAUUACAGAAGCUGACCUAGAGACGUGGGAGAGAUUGAAAGUGUCAGGAAAGACAAGGGAUGGAGAUGCUCAGAACACCUGUGCCCCUGAGCCCUCACCAGAAAUCAACGCAGAGAUGGCCAUCCGAGAUGACUUUGCCAGCCGAAAAGCAAGGGCCUAUAAGAAAGUAUCCAGCCCCAGGCAAAAGUUUGUGCAUUUUGGGCCCGUGACAGAGAUAGACCAACAAACUUGGAAGCGGCUCAGCAUUGGAAAGGCGGGGCCUAGGGACAAUGCGGAGGUUGUCAGUCACAGCAGCCGAAGCCAGACUCUCUCCCGGUUGCCUCCCUCUACUGCUCCUUUUGGCUUAAAGGAAGACCAAAUGCUUAGUCCACAGAAUGACUGCAGGAUAGUGCCUUAUGGCACAGAUGACUGUCUCAAAAAGGUCCCGUGCCUGGCGCCAGUGCCGGAGUCCCAGGAAGAGCAGGUCUGCGUUCAAAGCGACAACCCAAGGACAGAGGAAGUUACACCCACGCAGCUGCCACAGAAUGGCAGAGAACAAAGUGAAGAAGUUAUUCAAAAAGAGCCUGAGAUGCUGCCGAGAGCCGAAAGACCGGAGGAGUGCAGUGGACCCCUAUACGGUCCGAGAACUCCUGUGUCAGAUGACGCAGAGAGCACGAGUAUGUUUGACAUGCGGUGUGAGGAGGAGGCAGCGGUGCUGCCGCACAGCAGGGCCCGCCAGGAGCAGCUGCAGCUGAUAAAUAACCAGCUGAGGGAAGAGGACGACAAAUGGCAAGAUGACCUGGCUCGUUGGAAGAGCCGUAGAAGAAGUGCUUCUCAGGACUUAAUCAAGAAGGAGGAGGAAAGGAAAAAAAUGGAGAAGUUGAUGUCUGGAGAAGACGGGAUAAGUGAACGCAGGAAAAGCAUCAAAACCUACCGAGAGAUUGUCCAAGAAAAAGAGCGGAGAGAGCGGGAGCUGCACGAGGCGUAUAAGAACGCUCGGUCACAGGAGGAGGCGGAGGGGAUCCUCCAGCAGUACAUCGAGAGGUUCACCAUCAGUGAGGCUGUGCUCGAACGCUUGGAGAUGCCAAAAAUUCUGGAAAGAAGCCAUUCCACGGAGCCAAACUUGUCCUCCUUCCCGAAUGACCCCAGCCCCAUGAAGUACUUGCGGCAGCAGUCGCUGCCCCCACCCAAGUUCACUGCCACGGUUGAAACCACCAUUGCUGGCCUCCCAGAGACCAGCGCGGCAGGCGGCAGUGGGUCUCCAAGCAAAACCAUCGCUCCCCAUGCAGUGCCUAUGCUGACACCCAAGCCUUACUCGCAGCCCAAAAGCUCCCAAGAGGUUCUGAAGACUUUUAAGGUAGAUGGGAAAAUCAGCAUGAAUGGAGACAUGGCCCACGGAGAUGAGGAAGAAAAGGAGAAAGAAGGGCCAGCGGUGGAACCGGGCCCCUCCUUAACCAAGUCCCAGAUGUUUGAAGGCGUGGCCACAGUGCAUGGUUCUCCUGUUCAAGUGAAGCAAGGCAGCAGCAGCAUUGAGAUCAACAUCAAGAAGCCAGACUCCGCUCCCCAGGAACCAACAGCAGCCUCUGAUGGAGCUGAGUCAAAUGGCCAAGAGGACGAGAACGGUGGUGGGAAGUCGGGGACACAGGACGUGGAGCCGUCCUCAGCAGAGCCACGGCAUUUCACCACAACUGUGACCCGAUGCAGCCCGACCGUGGCCUUUGUGGAGUUUUCCUCCAGCCCACAGAGGAAGGAUGAGGUACCAGAAGAACAGGACCAGAAGAAGCCAGAAAAUGACAUGAGCGGGAAGGUGGAGUUGGUGCUGUCACAGAAGGUGGUAAAGCCAAAAUCCCCAGAACCAGAAGCAACCUUGACGUUUCCAUUUCUCGACAAAAUGCCUGAAACCAACCAACUUCAUUUGCCAAAUCUCAGUUCUCAAGCUGAUUCUCCAAGCAGUGAAAAGUCCCCUGUAACUACACCUUUCAAGUUCUGGGCGUGGGACCCGGAAGAGGAGCGUAGGCGGCAGGAGAAAUGGCAGCGGGAACAAGAGCGUGUGCUCCAGGAGAGGUACCAGAAGGAGCAAGAUAAGUUGAAGGAAGAGUGGGAAAAGGCCCAGAAGGAGGUGGAGGAAGAGGAACGCAGGUACUACGAGGAGGAGCGUAAGAUCAUUGAAGACACUGUGGUCCCAUUCACUCUCUCCUCAAGUUCUGCAGACCAGCUGUCUACUUCCUCCUCUGUAACGGAAGGCAGUGGGACACCGAAUAAGAUGGACUUGGAAAGCUGUCAAGACAAAGAAAAAGAGAGAAGACAGAAGCCACCUUUCCAGGAGAACGACAGUGACUCGUUGCUCAAGGCUAGGGAAAGUGGUCCACCAGAGGAGGACAGCAUUAGCAGCCUAACUCAAGGGCCCUCGGCUCACUCUGAAGAGUCCAUGUCAAAAGGAAUCCAUCUGGACCAGCAGCCCGAGGCUGAGGCUGGGGCCCCACACUGUGUUACAAGCCCACAGCUAGCUCAGGAUCCACCUCAGAGUCCUCAGGUAUCAAACCCAUCAUCACACGUGUCGGAAGAUGUGAAGCCCAAAACCCUGCCCCUGGAUAAAAACGUUAAUCAUCAGAUUGAGUCUCCGGGUGAAAGGCGGAAGAAAAGCCCUCGAGAGAACUUCCGGGCCGGGCCCCUGUCCCCAUGUUCUCCUACCCCUCCUGGCCAGUCGCCAAACAGGUAUAAGAGGUCUAUAAGUGGGAAGAAGCUGUGCUCCUCCUGUGGGCUUGCUUUGGGUAAAGGAGCCGCCAUGAUCAUCGAGACCCUGAAUCUCUACUUUCACAUCCAGUGUUUCAGGUGUGGCAUUUGUAAAGGACAGCUCGGAGAUACAGUGAGUGGGACGGAUGUUAGGAUUCGCAACGGUCUCCUAAACUGCACCGACUGCUACAUGCGAUCCAGAAGUGCUGGCCAACCUACAACACUGUGAUGUGGUUGGGAGCUUCUGGAUCACUGAGCAUCAUUUUUUUAAGGGUGUCCCUUGGCAACUGCUUAAUUAAACCCCAAGUUCAGGGGCUUCUCAGCAUUCAUCUAAUUUCUGGGAGAUUCUGCUACAAGGUGGUAUCUGCUCUUUUGUAUUGUAGCACAAUGUUUGUGCUUUUUUCUGGUUGGGGGCUGAUUUUUUUUUCUGCAUUUGCACAGUAUAUACAAAAGAAUAUUGCAUUGUAAUGAUCCUGAACAGUUAACGGGGGAAAAAAAAAACGGUUUUAGCAUGGGCAGAGAGACUUAUGGCUGAAAAGUUGUUUUUCUCUUCUUUGGGAAAUAGCAAAAGGGUGCAAUAAACCUGUUGUGUUUUAGUAUUUCUAGAAAUUAAACAUGUCAUGUUUACAGAAUUGAGCUUCAGGAAGUGCAAGACAUGCCAACGUAAGACAGGAGCAUAAAGUGAAUGCAUUUCAGAAAAACUCGACACCCCAGAAAGCUCUGACUCUGAACUGUAACUUGUUUUUUAAUGCAAAGACACUAGUCUGAUAGUAUAUACUGUACUCCUGAGAACAUUUGUGUUACUUACCUUUGGGGGCAGAAAUCCUACCAAUAAACUAUCCCACUGCUAGUAUUAGAUUUUGUGUACCCUGGAAGUCAAGUCAUUAAUAGAGGCUGGUCCAGCAAAUGAAGAGAGCCCUUUCCAGACUGCUAGACUUCCCCUCUGUGACACUGUCCAAAGGUAGGAAGAAGCAGGAGGGAAACAGACCAGCCGUUGUCUUCAGACUUACUGUAAAAUCUGUGAGGAAGGAUAGUCUACCCUGCCCGUGUGUCAGUGGUAGCCUUGAGGCGUGGACCGCCUGCUUUCUCCAAGCACCGGGUUAGGGCUUGUUGAGGGCUUGGUGUGAGGAUGUGGGUGUUAGGCAUCGAGGACAGUCUACCUUUAGGAAUGGGCACAUCUCAUCUUCGCCUGCAAGCUUGCCUUGGGGGCUGACGCCCAGGUAUCCAAAGAGAAGCAUUAAGUCGAUCCUCACAGAGCCCAGAUGGCACGGCGGCGUGACAAGCCCGCAGCCUGGUCGGUAAGCGGCCGCAACCAAGGCGGACGGUGCCCUGCCCACUCCCGUGGACCUGUGGGCACCUUCCUUCUCCCACGUCGCCUUCUUUGCUCUCAAGAAUUCUGGACCUGACCCGUGGAGUUUAGAAAGGGAUGCCUGCGGAGAUGUGGUUUAUUUCUCUGCCCUAUGUGAUAAGUUUCAGCUGGACGCGACAGGCAUGAAGUGGCUAAAACCAGCAUGACUUAGCUCUCCAGGCUGUUUUCCUUAAGACUGGGGAAAGGGGAACUAUUUAUUCUGCCUUAAAAGGAUGGCAACCAAGUAACGACGCUGUUAGGUGAAUGUAGACUAUGGAUACACUCCUAGUAGGCUAAUGUAGCAUAGAGAGAGAGCAAGUAGAUGUUUUUCUGUUAUGUAAAGCAAUAAUUUUUUCUGUGUCUUACGGAGUAUGGCUAGCAAUUAUUUAUUUCCAAGCUAGACGGUUCUUUGCAUGUGGGUUCUUUAUAGGUGCAGGCAUCUCCUGGCCGCUGGAGGCAUAUUGACCACUUUGUCAUUUGGACGAGCUGUUAUUGGAUUGAAAUUCACACAUCAUUUCAUUCAAAAUUGUGCCUUAGAAAAUGCAAAGCUGUUGCACAUAGCGAUGAAUGGCAGAUCCAGAACACCGAAGGGAAAUGACGUCACUUCCCGGUUCCCAUGAGUUCUCUCAAAGGUGUUUGCUGCUUUACAAGAAAAAAAUAAAUAAAUAAAAGAUUUUAAAAGACAAAUAAAAAAAGGAAAAAUUUAAAAAGAAAAAGAAAAGUUUUGAAAAUGUACAGAUCAAGUCCAAUAUUUUGAUGAAGCACCUGCAUGUUUUAUUAACUAUUUUAAUAAUGUGGAUGUUUACACUUUGCAUGAUAUUAACAGAGUACUUUACGAGAAGCGAUGCACAAAACAUGUACAAUACGGUCAUUCAUAAGCAACUUUUAUAGAAUACUUUUUCCGUGCGCGAGGCCAUCCAUUCUGUCAGGAGCACAUGAGUAUUGCACAUUCUUCUGGUUUCACAAAGCCGUUUUUACAUAUUUCUUAGUGAGACGCAUUGUACAUGUACUGAAGCCAGACUGGAGUCAGGAGGAAUCAAGCCCCAUUCCCAGGCGGAGCAUGCUUUCCCGUAAUGAACACUAGUCACCAGCCUGGAAUAAUCUCCAGCAUUUUCUAAAUUCUAAUUGCCAACUGUUUCUAUUUCUAUUUGAUUUAUAUUUCAUUUAGGGCCAGUUACAUGGCAGCUUCGGCAGACUAGAUCUUGUUGUUCUCCAAGGCAGCAUAGAAGACUAUGAUCUAUUUCUCUUCAAAUAAUCUUUGAGAUCCCAGGGAAAAAAUGCGCUGUUGUGUGGAGCUAUAAUGUAAAUGUGUUUGUUUAUAAACCAGACGGGGCAAGUGAGUGAUUUAUUGUUCCUGGGGGACUGUAGCUGAUUCUCCCCUGCAGACUCCAAAUGCUUCCUUCCCAAGAACAAGAACGGUGACUCUGUUUCUCACUAGCAAACUUUCAUAACAUCUGUCCUUCUUUCUGUGUAGUGUCAUUAACAUGACCCGUAUUCUAGUUACCGUGUACGGCGUAAGAUUCAGUGAGCCGAAGUAAUCCACCUUUUGAUGUGAGUCCAUCCAAAAGAUGUUCCUGUUCUGGGUGGGCAACAUUCUGUAUCAAUUACACUAGCUUCCAUUUACAAUAUUUAUUCUAAAAAUGCCUCUGAGAAAUAGUUUAAAAAAAAUUAAAAAUGAAAAGUUGUCUAAAAUGCAACAGCUUUUAUAGUAAAUGUACAUUUAUAAAUAAAAUACUCAAAUCCA